AUGGCAAAGUCAGGAGGAGAUGAUGCCAACCUGGGAGAUAAAGAGCUCCGUGACAUGGAUGAAGAUCAUUUGUGGGAGAUGGUGGAGGGCCACCGCUACAGAAUUGUGCGUGGUGUCUGCCCAAGCCGGCUGACUCCCUACUUACGCCAGGCCAAGGUGCUUGGCCAACUGGAUGAGGAAGAGGUGUUGCAUAGUCCACAGUUCAAAAACAGUGCCAUGAGAGUAGGUCACAUGCUAGAUCUCUUGAAAUCUCGUGGGAAAAAUGGAGCCCUUGCCUUUCUGGAAAGCCUAAAACUCCACAACCCUGAUAUUUAUGUGCUUAUCACUGGCUUGGAGCCUUCCAUAGACCACAACAAUUUCAGUGACCUGAUUGAGAGCUCCCAGCUGACUGAAUGUUUGGCCAAGGCAGUGAGCAGCCUUCAAGAGGAGCUGAGUCAGGAGAAGCGACAAAAAGUGUCCCUGCUCCACCAUUGCCGCAGACUGAAGGAGAACGCUGCUUGCCUGGAGGCCCAAGCUGAAAGCCUGAGGGGCAUUGAGGCCGAAUGUAACCGUAUGAAGAGGGAGCUCAGUGCCCACUUCCAUGAGUCACUCAAGCUUAAAGAUGAACUUUAUGGCCUCUCCUUGCGCUACAGCAGUGCCCUGGAGGAGAAGGACCUCGCUAUCACCCGCUGCCAGAGCCUGCAGGAAGAGCUCUACCUGAUGAAGCAGGAACUGCAAGGAGCUCAAGUGUCAUCAUACUGUGAGAGAUCUCCAAGGUCAACUGGGGACAUACAGCCACAGCCAGAUGAGUUACUGAUGCUGAGGGAAGAGAAUGAGCGUCUCAAGUCACUGGUGGAGCUGGAGACCUUCAGUGUGGUGCGGAAGGACAUUCUAGAGCAGAACCUUGACGAGGCUCUGGAGGGCAAGCAGGAGCUGCUGAACCGUAUCCACUCGUUGAGAGAGCAGGCAGUGUUUGCAGAGAAUCAGCGCAAGCAGUGCUGGGAAGAGAAGGAGCACACGCUGAUUCAAUGCCAGAAGAUGAAAGUGGACUGCGAGAUCUACAAGGAGAAGAUCAGUGCCCUUCAGGCACAACUGGCUGACCUGCAGAAGGAGAGAGAUCAGGCUUAUAGUGCAAGGGAUACUGCUCAACAGGAAAUUUUCCAGAUUCUGCUGGAGAAGGAUUCACUCCGUCGCAAAGUCUUUGAACUCACUGAUGAUCUCUGUGAGCUCAGGAAGCAGGCAGGCCUGAGUGGCUCAGCAUUGAUGCAGGUCCAGGGGAAUGGGCCUACCAGCUCAGAGCCCAGAGAACCUUGUCCAAAGAGGAAGCAGCGUCUAGUGCGCAUGCACGCCAUCUGCCCCCAGCACGACAGCCAGGACAGCUUCUUGAACAUGUCUGAGCUCUGGUCCGAUUUAAGCAACAGGUCAAGUCAAGAGCUAGCUGGGAGCGUUCGGUCAUGCAGCCCGGUCCCUCCUUGUAAGCAUUCCCUACAGAGGAGAGCCAUGCAAGAUUGCUCUUUUCCCAGGAGCAGUUCCCAUGAGUUUCUGGAAGAGGAUUUUGCAUUUGGCUCAGAAGAAAAAGUGGAGGACCCUUCUUUUGAAUAUGAGAUGGUGGGGAAAGAUGAUAGCACCUCCCUGUUUGGCCACAUGAACCCUUGCAUCUCCGAGAGUGUACCAAUGCGCCGGCGGCUUGCUCAGCGCUUCCCAAGCCGCAUCACUACCAUUGCCUUCCAAGCCAAUGCUUUGCUGGAACAGAUCAACAUCAUUGGGGGCAACCAGACGGGCAUCUUCAUUCAUCAGGUCACACCUGGCUCUGCGGCUGAUGAGAUGUCUUUGUCACCAGGCCAACAGAUAGUGCUGGUGGAUUACGGAGUUAUGGAGCCAGGUUUUAAAGCUAUCCUGGAGGAUGCAACGCUUGAAGAGGCUCUUUGGGUCCUGGCAAGGGUGAAUGGCUUUUGCUGCCUCUCUGUGCGGCCCAACAUGGAAGGUUACAAGAAGCUGCUGAGUGACCUGAACUCCAAGCUGGUGACAUCUGGCGACUCUUUCUAUGUUCGGUCCAACCUGUGCCUAGAGAGGCAGGCCACUGGGGAGCUUCCGGUCAGGUGCCAUGACAUUUUGCAUGUCACUGACACAGUUCAUCAGGGCCAGACCCAGUGGAGUGCCUGCCAGGUGAACCCCUACACCAUGAAGGACACGGAUGCUGGCACCAUCCCCAGCUACUGUCAGGCACAGCAGCAACUCAUUGUCUUGAUCCAGGAGCUGGCCCAGCAAAACACAGUUUCUCGCAAGAAUUCUGGCACACAAUCCAAGUUGGUGCGUAUUGUGAGCACAGACAACAACAAGAUCAAUCCACUGUGGUCAUCUAUGGACUGCAGUCUGUCAGAUUCUAGCAAGCCAGAUGUGUGCCCCAAGAUCAGCCUCCACACCAGAAGCUGUGUCACUCUGAUGCCCUACACUCUGGUCAGACCCUGCAGGCCUGGCCGAUCCCGUCCGGUCCUCUUGGUGCCUGCACUGUUGGGAAGAAUCCUGGCUGACAAACUAUGCCCAAACAAGAGCUUUGAGAAAUGUCCGGCAGAGCCCCAGAGUGAAAUCCAGAACAGAGUUGCAUUCCCUGAAAAAAGGGAGAUAAAUGGCAGCUGUGGUAUUCCCUGUCAAGCUCUGGAGAUGCUAAUGAAUAAGGAUGUUCAUGCCUGGCUGGACCUGGGCCUGGAGAAUGUGUCAGAACUGCUGGCUAUGGACAUCUAUCCUAUCAUUAUCCUGGUCACUAUCAGUGAGAAGAACGGCAAGAAAUUCAAGAAAACCUUACAGCGCCUUGGAGCAACGGAGGAGCAGCUUUUGGACAGUGCCCGGAAAGAGGAGGCCCAGCUAGAAACAGUGCCCUGUCUGUAUGGCACCAUCACCCCCGACAGCUGGAGUGACCUCGAUUCUCUUACCAGCUGCGUCCGUCUAGCCGUUGCGGAUGAGCAAAAGAAGGUGGUGUGGGUGGAACAAGUACCUCACUGAUUGCUUUGGUGACAGGCCUGAGACACAUUAAGUCCGUAGGCCACAGACCUACCCAGGACAGAUCUGGAAAUGCUACUAUUUAUUUGGGGACUGGGGUAUAUCCUAAACCUAUGACAGAUUAAUGAGUAUAUCCUAAAGCUAUGACAGAUUAAUGAGAAACCUGUUUAUUCAGUGAACGGUGGAACAGCAGUUGAUUUGUUUCUUCUUUUGAACUUAAGGCUCACCUACACCCAUCUUCCACUCUGUAUACUUUUUGGGUGAUGAUGUGCUUAAUAUUCC